AUGCUUCACCCGUUGACUAACCGCGAAGCACUUUCAAAUGGCUACACGGACGAAAUGUACGAAUUCGCUCCACGACCCACCUGCACGCGAAAUCAUCCCAAUUGCAGAUCGAAGUAUCUUUUCUGUCAUAUUCGGAAGAAUGGUGAGGCACAGUGCAUGUCGAAAAUCCGUUUCGGAGGCAAAUGCUCGGGAUUCGAAGGCACGGAGAUUUGUUUCGUCGGCGAAUGCAUUGCGGGUGUAUGCGCAAAAGGCCACAAACCGCCUCCGAAGCUGAAAAAGUCAGACGAUAACGAUUGGUAUAUGUAA